GCUGUGUGUACAGCGGCACCCAGUCAGUACUGUACCUCACCUCCAGCUAACACACACGUUUCUAAGUUAUAUGGGAAGUGAAGCGGGCUCCCAGCAAGGCAGGCAGCUCCCAGACAGAGCCAGUGAGGAAGAUGAAGCUCCCGAUUUUCAUAGCCGAUGCGUUCACAGUGACAGCUUUCCGCGGUAAUCCUGCCGCAGUCUGCCUGCUGGAGAGCACAUUGGAUGAAGAUGCUCAUCAGCAUAUUGCGAGGGAAAUGAACCUCUCCGAAACAGCUUUCAUCCGAAAACUGCAACCAACUGACGACUUCACACAAAGUUCCCGAUUUGGACUGAGGUGGUUUACCCCAGAGGCUGAGUUUCCCUUGUGUGGCCACGCCACCCUGGCUUCUGCAGCUGUGUUGUUUCACAAAAGAAAGAACAUGAACAGCACCCUGACUUUUGUCACUAUGAGUGGGGAACUAAAGGCCAGAAGAGCAGAAGACGGGAUUGUCCUGGACUUUCCUCUCUACCCAACCUUCCCCCAGGACUUCCAUGAAGUUAAAGACUUGAUAAAGGCAGCCAUAGGUGACACCCUAGUCCAGGACAUCCGGUACUCCCCAGAUACCAAAAACCUCCUGGUCCGGCUCAGCGAUUCUUAUGACAGGUCCUUUCUAGAGAGCCUGAAGGUGAACACAGAGCCUCUGCCUGGGAUUGAGAAGACAGGGAAGGUGAAAGGCCUCAUCCUCACUGUCAAAGGAGAGUCUGGGGGGCAGACGAUCCCGUAUGACUUCUACUCCAGAUACUUUGCGCCUUGGUUUGGUGUGCCUGAAGACCCGGUAACAGGGUCCACCCACACUCUUCUUGGCCCCUACUGGUCUAAGGAGCUGGGGAAGAAAGAAAUGCGAGCCUUUCAGUGUUCCCGCCGAGGAGGGGAGCUGGACAUUUCCUUGCGACCUGAUGGGCGGGUUGACAUGAAGGGCAGAGUCGCUGUUGUCUUGGAGGGCACGCUGACCGCCUAGAGAUGCUUAUGCUGGGCUUGCAGCUCAACUCUUCUCUCCAGCCAAGAACCCAACACAACCCAACCAA